GAAAGCGGUGGGGGCUGGAAACGAGAAAACGAACAGUCCAAAAACGGAGAGAGAGAGACAGGGAGGAAAUUGAGCAGAGGGAAGGUCUGGCCAAACGGUAAGGAGAAAGUUUGUGUGGUUUCAUCCACGUCAUGAUUAAGAGCGUGCCAAGUAAUUAAAAAGAACAUCCAUUAGUUCGUUACUACAGUUUCAUUUCAUUUCUUCAUCAACCUGCUUUAGACGAAACCCUAGGAGUAAUGGAUGACGACAGAAUACGCGAGAGGGAGAGGCAUCAGAUCGAGCAGAUUCGCCAGCUCGAUCACGACGAAUUGCGGGUUGAGGAAGUUGAUGACCUAGAAGACGAUAGAAUGCAGGUGGUAAUGGGUGACGAGAGAAUACUCGAGAGGGAGAGGCUUCAGAUCGAGCAAAUUCGCCAGCUCGACCUGGAAGAGUUGCAGGUUGAGGAAGUCGAUGACCUCCGAGACUCAUCCGACGAGGACGCCAACGGCCGUACUGACCGUGCUAGGCCUGCCUCAUCCGAUGAUUUCACCUUCGAUACGUGUAUAACGUCUUUGCACACAUAUCUGGGUGAGGUUGAGGACACGCACCACAGGACUGCCUUCUUGGACGGUGGGGCUCGUUUAAGCCUCCCACUUUUCUAUCUUGAAGGAGUUGUACUCUUUCCUGGGGCUACUCUUCCCCUGAGAGUUAUUCAACCCAAUUUUGUUGCCGCUGUUGAACGAGCACUGAGCCAAGUUGAUGUUCCUUACACUAUUGGUGUGAUUAGAGUUCAUAGGGAUGCUGAAAAUCGUAGGACAAAAUUGGCAAGAAUUGGAACAACUGCAGAGAUUCGACAAUACAGGCGGCUAGAGGAUGGUUCCCUUAAUGUGGUUACCCGUGGACAACAACGGUUUCAACUGAAACGCCAUUGGUUUGAUGUGGAAGGAGUGCCUUGCGGAGAUAUUCAAAUAAUAGAGGAAGAUCUACCAUCAAGAACUCCCAAGGAUGCUUUUGUAAAAUUAGCUCCUUUAAGUAAUCUGCCUCAUAACCGUGGUGUCUCACGUAUGGCUUCAAAUUUUUCUUGCGCUAAAUUGCAUGGUUCCAAAAAUGAGGAUGAUGAUUCAGAUGACAGCUUCGAGAGCUUUGAGGAGGAACUUUCACCAACAGAAAGGAGAAUCCACCAAUCUAUCACUGGUUCUGGUCAUGGGCAUGAUAUCAUGGAUGAAUCAUCUAACAGUGAUUAUGAAGAAUGUAUACAUGAGUCUGAUCGUGAAAUUAGAUUUAGCCUAAAUGACUCUGACAUGACGAGGUCAUUGCUCUCUGAGCGUGGAAAACAAACUGUAAAUACAGACUUGACUGGGGGCAGCUGUUCCACUUCAGGUUUAGGCAAGCAACCCUGCAAAAAGGCAUCGUGUAAAAGUACAAGUGCCAACUUCUCUCAUGGAAUUCCAAGGGCAUUCUGGCCCCAUUGGGUAUACCGAAUGUUUGACUCCUAUUGCCUUGCGCAGAGGGCAGCAGAUCUGUGGAGGAAUGUGGUUGGGACACCAAGCAUGGAUGGUCUUGUGAAGAAGCCUGAUAUUUUAUCAUUUUAUAUUGCCAGUAAAAUACCUGUGUCCGAAUGUACAAGGCAGGAGCUUUUGGAGAUAGAUGGCAUCUCAUAUAGAUUGCGUAGGGAGAUUGAAUUACUAGAGUGUGUUAAUCUUAUUCGAUGUAGAAACUGCCAGACUAUCAUUGCAAGGCGGAGUGAUAUGUUGGUGAUGUCUAGAGAGGGUCCUCUUGGGGCUUAUGUUAAUCCAGGUGGUCAUGUCCAUGAGAUCAUGACUCUGCACAAUGCAAGUGGCUUAGCACUUGUGGGGCGAGCACAUACACAAUACAGUUGGUUUCCUGGAUAUGCAUGGACAAUCGCCAACUGUGCUACAUGUGAAAGCCAAAUGGGGUGGCUUUUUACAGCAACGAACAGAAAACUGAAACCCAGAUCAUUUUGGGCGAUACGCAGUAGUCAAGUUGCGGAAGAGAUGCGCUAAAACUGUAUUUAAUGUGGAUACCAAUCAUCUUCGUUCUGUUUGAAGCACUUGUCCAUUGUGAUGGCCUCAUGCAUCCAUUUGCGAUGUAUACAAUGCUUCUGGAUAGGCAUAUAAUGCUUGCAUUGUAACAGCUUUGCGAACUAAAGUAACGCAUGAAUUUAACCUCUUUUAUAGCCUUGUUCUUAUGUACCAACUGUAGAAGACGUGAUAUCAUUCUAGAUCUCUUUCGUGUCUAUUAGGCAAUGUCUUGUUCAUUGGUAAGCAUGAGGUUGUACCUACAGCAUCUUUCAGUUCUGGCAGCUUCACGUACCAGCUGCUGCUGCGUGUUCUGUUCUCAUAGAUUAGCUGCCUCCUUUGUGAUACCGUCUGCCUCAGAGCUAGAGGCUCGGGUUGGGCAUGAAUCAUAGAUAGCAUGUCCAAUUCAUCACCCGAUCGAUCUUUAAUCGGGCUGGAGCAUGUUACUUUCGAAGGAGAUUCAUGAGAGGACUUGUUAACCUGAGGAUUUGGUUAUUUCUAAUCUCAUAAAAUUUGUUGCCUUUUUCAUUUUUGUAUGAAAUAUGUUGAUAUAUAAUGUAGCCUGGUUACAUAAAUUAUUAAUAUUAUUUAUAUUUAAAAUUAA